GUUGAUUUGCCAUCCACCGUAAAACACAAGAAGACAGAGGUUUUCUCAUGGUGUGCUGUCAGAGUUGUAACCUUGUUGUAGUUCAGUGAGUGUGAGGCCUUCAUCUGGAGCAAGAGUGUGUUUUCGUUGGAAUGAAUGUGUUUAAAGCUUUGUAGAGAAUCUGUGGCCGUGUUUGUCUUUUCGCCCUUCAAAGAUUCUGCAUCACACACGGAGAGUCGUCCCCAUUACCAGCGUGGGCCCAGCACGGACACACACAGGUAACAGUCACAGACUGUGAACUAUGGCCGUCCAGGUGACUGAGUCUGACCAGAUCAAGCAGUUCAAAGAGUUUUUGGGGACUUACAACAAAGUAACGGAGAACUGCUUCAUGGACUGUGUCAAAGAUUUCACCACCAGAGAUGUGAAGCCUGAGGAGUCCAGCUGCUCUGAGUCCUGCCUGCAGAAGUACCUAAAGAUGACUCAGCGGAUCUCCAUGCGCUUCCAGGAGUAUCACAUUCAGCAGAACGAAGCUUUGGCUGCUAAGGCAGGACUGCUGGGACAGCCUCGCUGAGCUGCUCUCAGACUGAAGGGCAGCAAGGUCAAACUGAUCCUGGUCCAGCAGAACCUCCAUCAUCACAAGAAAAACUGAAGACACUUCUGAUGAUGAUGAUGAUGAGGGUGAGGGUGAAACUGAGGCAAAGCUCCCAGUGGAGCCUGAACCAUUAGUUCUGAAGCUCAGCAGGACACAGAGUAAAACCCCAGAACAUGAUUUGAAAGCUGGCUAUAAGAUUCUGCAUCUUGUUUACUGAAACGGAGCUUUUAUCCUUUAAUGUGCAUAUGUGGGGUUUAUAGCUUGGGACUGGAUGUUUUGAUGUUUGUCUGAAAACAAUAAAGUCCAAGAUUUUACA